UGUAGUGUGCGUGUCGUGUCCAGAAAACACGAAACAAGACAUAUUGUUCAACUUCACAUUUUAGUUGUAACUUUUUUUCCAAAAUGAGCAUCCCGAUGGUGGACUUUGGCGCGUGCAGCCUGAGCGAGGAAGAGGUGGGCGACGAGCAGAAGAUGCACGCGCUGGGCAAACAGCUGGAAUCCACUUUCACUGGAGUUGGAUUCGUGUGUCUGAAGAACACUGGGAUCACCCAGGAGGAGGUGAACGCUGUCAUGGCCGUCUCCAAGACCUUCUUCCUGCAGCCAGAGGAGGAGAAGAAACCCUUCAGCAGGAAAAGCUUCGCCGACAAUCCCAACCACGGCUGGGUGCAGCUGGAGACCGAGAGGACGAAUCGCGCUUGCCCUGCAGACUUAAAGGAGUCCUUCAACGUUACUUUAAUCCGUCCUGACAUUGAAUGGCCGUCGGGCGCCGUGGAAGGGUUCCAGGAGAUCCAGACGACGUUCUUCCGCCGCUGUAAGGAGCUGAGUCUGCGGGUGCUGAGGGUGAUGGCCCUCAGCCUGGGUCUGGACCCCCAGGUGUUCCUGAGCGCGCACCGCUUCAUAGGAGCUGAAGGGAAUAACUCGACCCUGCGUUCGCUGUACUACCCGCCGGUAAACCGCGAGACCGUGAAGGAGGAUCAGGUGCGAUGUGGGGAGCAUUCAGACUACAGCAGCAUCACGCUGUUGUUCAGCACCUCCGAGGGUCUGCAGGUGCAGAGGCGUUCGGGUGAAUUCAUGGACGUCCCCUACGUGCCCGGAACGGUUCUCAUCAACAUCGCCGACAUUAUGCAGCGCUGGACCAGCGACCGCUUUGUCUCCGUGGUCCACAGGGUGUUGCUGCCCCCUGCUGGAGACUCCAGCACACGUCAGUCUCUGGCCUUCCUCUUGCAGCCGGACGACGAGGCUCUGAUCACGUGCUGCGACGGCUCCAACAGAUACCCUCCGAUCACCGGGGGAGACUACCUCGCCGAGCGCUUCAGUCGUACGUACUGAGUCAGCAGGCGUAGGUUUGCAUGUGGUCUCGUGGGACGAGUCACGACCAAAGUUUGGGAAAAGACUCAAUUGUCCCGACCAAUAUGUCGUUAAUUUGAAUUUCCUGUUAGAAAAAUGUAUUUCGCAAACUCAUUCGUAUUAUUAUCUAUAUGCUAUGUUCGUCGCUGUAGAAAUAGAUUAAUAGAAAAUAGGUCGUAUAUAGACACUUUAGAAUCGAGUGACCGUGUUAACUGGCGACUUUCGGCCGAAUGAGUCUGUUGUUGUUAUUAUUAUUAUUAUUAUUAUCUGCCCGCAGCACUGUCCGGUGUGAGCUGGGUUGGGUGCUGGGUGUGGGGGUGAUGGGUAGGGUGCUGGAAGGGGUGCUGGGUGUGGGGGUGAUGGAGGAAACCGCUCUGGGUUAAAAGCUGUUCCUCAGCCUGUUAGUCCGGGUUUUAAUAUUCAUGAAUCUUCUUCCUGAUGGCGGAGGAACAAACAGAGAAUCUGACCUCGAAGUCGACACGUUUGGAUUGUGAAUUAUUUGAUGAUGAAGAAUUUUUUUUAAAAAGUCUGUUCCAUAAAACCUGAACCUAUUCAUA